AGAGAUCUGAAUAUAGGAAACAGAUCCAUCUCUUAUUCCACUAUACAAAAAUCAAAACCAAAAAAAGAGAUAUAGGAAUGGAUCAUUUCAGCCACGAGCAUCCACUGAUCCUGAAUGAAGAUUACAUUGCUAGAGCGAGUGAUAUGUGUAAUGCCUGCAACGAAGAGAUCGUCUCAUGUAAGUCAUUUGUUUUCAGUUGCAGCCGCAGAAGCAGCAUCACAGGCAUCCCAGGUACUGAUAAUAAGGAUGUCGAUGAAAAAUGUCUUAAAUUCUUACUCCACAAAACAUGUGCAGAGUCACCCCGUAGAAUUCAAAGCCUAAGAAACCGAGAAGAGUUCCUGGACCUCCUUAUCAAUCCCCGCGCUAACAAAACAUUUUUACAAACUUUUUUGAACCGUCCAGGUGACAUUUAUCCCUGUAAAUUGUGUAUGAAACAAAUGCCAUGGAUUUACUGCAGUCCUGGUUUUCUCUUCUGUGUUUGCCUUAAAUGUGCCAUGUUCCAAGUUGAUUCUUUCAUAAGUCGUAAAUUUAUUCAUCAAUCUCACACUCAACACCAACUAGCCCUGAUCCAACGUCCAACUUCAUUUAAAUGUGAUGCUUGCAACAUGGAGGAUAGUACUAAAGACAUGUCAUAUAAAUGUGUGGAUUGUCCGUUUUGGAUGCACAAGAGCUGCGCGGAUGCUCCUACCUCUUUCCUCUUUAAUUUUCACAAAAAACACCCUCUUAUGCUCUCAUUUUCUUUGCCACAAGUUUAUCAUAAAUUUGCACAGUAUUGCAGACUCUGCAAUGGAGAGCUGGGUGAAUUAAAUUGGCUUUACUAUUGUUCCAAAUGCAGAUAUUUCGCCCAUUUUCAAUGUGCUAGAUCAAGGCAGAUGUUGAGCUCUUCUGAAAACGAAGAAUAUCCCGAUCUUGUGCACUUCCCAGCAGCUACUGAAUCAUCUGUAAAUUUAUUGUUUGAGCAAUUUAUCAAGGAGAUGAGUCGUCCAAAGAACGAGGAAGGAUGUAGCCCAAGAGGUCGUCUUAAAGAUUGGGCUCAUGGUGAACAUCCCCUGCAGCUUGUUACAGUUGAUCAGUUAAAUGAUGAGAAAGAUGUAUUAUUCAUAUGCGAUGGCUGUGCCAAACCCAUCCGAAAUGAUGGCCAUCUUUUCUAUGCUUGUGUUCCUUGUAAAUAUUUUCUGCAUAAAUUCUGCGGUGAAUUACCCACCACCAACCCCCAAAGUCCAUCUCAUAGAAUUCUAUAUAACAAGUACAGUCCAGCAUACAAGCUUUUUCUUUGUCAUGGCUGUCAUUAUUGGGGCAAUGUUAUAUCUUUCCGCGGAGAUGAGCCAAGAAACUCGUUGCCUUUUGAAGAACAUAUAGCAUGCUCAGCCCUACCCAAAAUGAUCAAACACGAGUCCCACCCUCACCCACUUCACUUGAAUAGUUAUAAGCCUACAAGUUGCAAAGCAUGUGAUGAUAAGAGGUACUUUUAUACAUGGCACGGUUGCGAAGGUUGUGAUUUCCAUUUAUGUGCAGGAUGUAUUAUGAAGGCAAGUAGAGUUAAACAUGGGUGGGAUCCUCACCCCCUCCGCUUGAUUUUUGAUCCUGGCAUGGUCGAGGAUCACGAACAUGAGUUUCAAUGUGAGUUCUGUUCUCAAGAUUUGGACACAAACUUUUGGUUCUAUCACUGCGAUGAUUGUGAUCUUUCGUUUCAUCUAAGAUGUUAUGAUAAAUCAUGUUAUCUCAACUUCUCACAUGUCAAGUAUGGUGCUACUGAUAUUAUUAAAGACCAUCUCCAUCCUCACAGCCUCACAUUGGUACUCAACAAGAAAGUUCGUAGUUGCGGAAAAUGUCACUGGUCUAGUAUUGGCAGGGCUGUCCUUGAAUGUGCACCAUGCAAAACCAUAUUCUGUGCGUCCUGCUCGGGAAUGUAUCAAUAACAGAUCGCAUCAAUCGUCUAUUAUCUGGAGUACUUGUAUUAGGUUUUCGCAUUGCGUUAUAAUCUUUGAAACUGUGCUGUAUUCGUAAUCUUAUUAAAAAAUAUACAUCGAUUGUGUAUUAAAAUUUUACUCCAAGUUUA